UUUUUGAAGACAUCAUAUAUUCUGAGUUUGCCGCAACAAAUCUUUGCAAGGGGUUUCUUCUUGAUUAUGUUUUUAGACGCAGCUGGUACGAGCAGGGAAAUGGAAAUUGAGAUUCAGAUCAGCGAAGCCCUUUUUGUUGAGAUGGAGCUACAAGACAUGGAUGGAUACAAGAGAGGACCCGAUUACGUUGAAGUGAACUGUGGAUGCACUAGUAGGAAGUAUGGCGAUGCUAUAGGAACCCUUAGAGUUCAUGCAAAUGGCCAAUUUCUGAUAGCCUGCGAUUGUAGUUCUGGAUGCAGGGAGCAGAGAUUCACGCCAUAUGAAUUUGAGAAGCAUUCAGGGAGAGAAGGUAGCAGGAAGUGGACCAGCCACUUAUGGGUGCUAAUGAAAGAUAAAAAGGUGCCCUUGUGGAGAACCCCAUUGCUCAAGUAUUAUAAGCAUACGGCUAACGGGGCAAGUGGGUCGAUGAGACGAAUAUUUCAUCGUGAUGAACUCAUUCAGUGCUCCAAAUGCAAGAAAGAACGCAGGUUUCGCCUGAGGACCAAGGAGGAGUGCAGGAUCUACCAUGAUGCUGUGCUCAAGAAAAAGUGGAUUUGUGCUGAUAGGCCUUACGACAAAAUAACCUGCAAUGAUGAUGAAGAGCGGGCCAGCCGCAAGAACAGCAGAGGUUGUCCUCGGGUACCGGCUUGCGAUGGCUGCACUUCUUGCGUCUGCUUUGGCUGCCUCAAGUGCAGGUUUAUUGACUGCAACUGCCGCACUUGUGUGGAUUUCAUGCAAAACGCCGCACCUUAGGUUAUGUUUCCAUUUCGAGUUGUCCGCACUUGCCCAUGCAAGUGCAGAAAAGAAGUUUCCUAGAGUUCUGAUUUUCAAGUUUUCCUGAAGAGCAGGUUAUUUCAAUAAAUUCCUUGCUGUUUCUGAAUGAACAAUGGUGUUUGCCAUGUCAUAAUUAUAUAUGCAAUUUACAAUAUUUUCCAAUUCCAAUGUAUUUGAACAUAUGUGUACCCUAUGGGCGAUAGGGAUAUAUA